GAGGUAAAAAUUACAAUAAAUAAAAUAAAGUGGGUAUACAAUGUAAUUUUUUUUUUUUUUUUUGUUAUUUUUGUUAUUUUUUUUGAGAUAAUUCCUUUUAUCAUUUGGGCCGGCUUAAAAGCCCAUAAGAAACUGUACAAAAUAAAGCUCGUACCAUAAAAUCUGUGUAUUAGGGUUUACAUUUACAGAAGAAGGAGCCCUAAUCAACCUUCCACUCUCAAUCUCUAGCCGUCAUCAACCUCACCAUCUCAAUCUCCACCAUUAACAAUGAUUAUCUCUGAGAAAAACAGGCGUGAAAUCUCAAAGUACCUCUUCCAAGAGGGCGUUUGCUUCGCUAAGAAAGACUAUAAUUUGGCGAAGCAUCCAGAAAUUGAUGUACCAAAUCUACAAGUUAUUAAGCUCAUGCAGAGCUUUAAGUCGAAGGAGUAUGUCCGGGAGACCUUUGCCUGGAUGCACUACUACUGGUACUUGACCAAUGAUGGUAUUGAGUUUCUUAGGAACUACCUUAAUCUUCCUUCUGAGAUUGUCCCUGCUACUCUGAAGAAGCAGGCCAAGCCCGCUGGAAGGCCUUUGGGUGGUGGCGAUCGCCCACGUGGCCCACCCCGGUUUGAUGGAGAACGCAAAUUCGGUGGUGACAGAGAUGGUUACCGUGGAGGUCCUCGUGGUCCUCCCGGUGAGUUUGGUGGUGACAAAAGUGGAGCUCCUGCUGAUUACAGACCUUCAUUUGGGGGUGCUGGAAGACCUGGUUUCGGUCGUGGUGCUGGUGGUUUUGGUGCAGGGCCAGCUACCUCUGAACAAUAGAAAUUUCAUCUCCGGUCUUAGUAAGCUUCAAAAUUUAAGAGUUGAGAGUCUGAAGAAUGGAUUGGGAAUAUAUAUAGAGAGAGAGCAUUCGUCCAUUGUGGGAUUUAUGAGCAGUUUUGUUUUUACUUAUUACAUUGUCUGAGAUAAAUUUUUGGAUUCUCUUAGAUUUAUUACUCACUCUACUUCCUUUUAUUUUGUUGAACCUUUGAUCUCUUUCAUUAUUUAAAUCAAGUCUCUAGUUAUGAUGUUUGAUGA